AUGGCUCCAUCUCCAUCUCCAGUUGAUAAUGCGGCUUCAGCAACUCAUGCAUCUCCAUCUCCAUCUCCGAUUGAUAAUGCGGCUUCACCAACUCAUGCGGCUCCAUCCCCAGUUGAUGAUAACGUUUCGCCACAGCACACGGCCCCGUCCACGAUGACUUCUUGCAUCAACGUGGAUGGUUGUAAAUCAGAUUUGAUCACUUCCGUUUUCAAACGUAAAAUUUCAUUAUCCACACAAUGUUGCAAAGUCCUUUCAACAAUUUCAGAUGGUUGUUUUUACAGAGAGUUUUCACAUUCCAAGAGGGUACCAUUUUUCCUUGGCAAAGUGAAAAACUAUUGCAGUCAUGCGGUUCAUAAUGCGGCUUCACCAACUCAUGCGGCUCCAUCUCCAAUUGAUAAUGUGGCUUCAACAACUCAUGCGGCUCCAUCCCCAUCCCCAAUUGAUGAUGUGGUUUCACCACCGCACAAGGUUCCCUCUUGGGCCCCGACCCCAGCUCCAACCACUUCUUGCAUCAAGGUGGACGGUUGUGCAUUAAGUUUGAUCACUUCCGUUUUCAAGCGUAAAAUUUCAUUAUCCACACAAUGCUGCCAAGUACUUUCAUCAAUUUCAGAUGAUUGUUUUUACAGAGAGUUCACGUACUCCAAGAGGGUACCAUUUUUCCUAGGCAAAGUGAGGAACUAUUGCAUUCAUCAUCAAGGCUGAAGCAUGAUCAAAUCUAAGCAAGAGAUCAAUAAGAUAAUGCAACUUUUUUCGUCUUUCUUGUUUUGUUUUUCUGGUUAUUUAGCUUACUUUAUAUAGAAUUCCUCCCCUUAA